CUUGUGAAUUUGGGAGAUGAGGAGAGGUAGGGUUGAGCUGAAAAGGAUAGAGAACAAGAUUAACAGGCAAGUCACUUUUUCCAAAAGGAGAAAUGGGUUGUUCAAGAAAACUCAUGAAAUCUCUGUUUUAUGCGACGUCCAAGUCGCUUUGAUCGUCUUCUCUGAUAAAGGGAAGCUCUAUGAAUGCUCCACUGAUUCCUGCAUGGAGAAGCUCCUUGAAAGCUAUGAAGGGCAUUAUUAUGCUGAGAGGCAGCUUGUUGCUACUGAGCCUGAAUCUCAGGGCCAAUGGUUGGUGGAGUAUAACAGACUAAAGGCUAAGCUUGAGCUGUUGCAGAAAAAUCAAAGGCAUUACAUGGGAGAAGAUUUAGACUCAUUGAGUCUCAAAGAGCUGCAGAAUUUGGAGCAGCAGAUUGAUACGGCUCUUAAACACAUCCGAUCCAAAAAAAACCAACUCAUGUGUGAGUCAAUAUCCGAGCUUCAAAGAAAAGAAAAGGCAAUAAAAGAGCAAAACACCAUGCUAGCAAAGCAGAUCAAGGAGAGGGAGAAGACAGUGGCGCAUCAAUUGCUGUGGGAGCAGCAAGAUAAUGAUAAUGUCUUGAAUACAUCAUCCUUUUUGCUGCAACACUCACAUCGCUCUUUGAACAUUGGUGGCAUGUACCAGAAAGAAGCAACAGAAGUUAGGGGGAAUGAACUUGACCUUACUCUCGAUCUCGACCCAAUUUCUUCGUGGCAUCUCGGAUUCUUUGCUUCAUGAAAUUUGGUGGAAUAUAACAAUGAAUUCUCUAGGGGUUAAUUAUAAAGUUUCUGUU